UAUUUCUUAUUUUUAAAAAAAAUAAAGCAUAAAAAGAAAUAGACCAAUGUCCGAACUUUAAUCACCCAAACCUUCUAUUGUCAAAUUUAUUGAGAUGGAGAGCACUCGGGUUUCGGCAAGGAGCGCGGCAGCCAGGAAAGACAGUGGCUACAGACAACGGCCAGGAUACAAGAACAGCUUUCAGAUGUAUGGUAAGGUCGUUGAUGUGUAUAUUCCGAGUAAACGUGAUAAGAGAGGGAAGAGGUAUGGUUUUGUGCGACUAACAGGGGUCAAGAAUGAGAUUCAAAUGGAGAGGAGGCUAAAUGAGAUUUGGAUUGGCUCGUAUAAGAUGAGAGUGAAGAUUGCAAAUGACAGACAAAGGAAAUCAUCAGCGUCCAGGAAGGUACAAGGUGCGCUUAAAGUCAGUGGAUCAACAAGCAUCAUGAAAAGGUUGGUUCAACCAGGGCAGUCAUAUGCACAAGCAGUGAAGGGCCAAGGAAAGAGAGCGGAUAAGGCUUCAAAACAAUCACAGGAAAAGGAAAUAAAAAAAGCCCCGAAAAAGGAAGUUGUCAAAACAAGGUUACAGGAGAAUAAGGAUGUAGAAAAAACAGAGAAGACUAUUGAAUACAUCCCAACGGGUGAUGAGCUGAAAUGGCUUAAAGGUAGCAUGGUGGCAGUGGUGAGGUCUAUGGCAUUGGUAUCUGAGAUUCAAGAGCAAAUGGACGCAGAUGGAGGCUCAAUCUUGUUAUCACCAAUGGCGGGAAGAAAGGUGCUAUUAACUGAGAAAGUUGCAGGGUUCUUAUCUGAUUAUAUGAAGCAUAAUGAGGAAUUGUUUGGUAUGUGGUUUGAGUCUAUAACUCCAUGGGAGAUGGCACCAGAGGAGAAAACUCGAAUGAUGUGGUUGCGCAUAUCGGGUGUGCCAUUAAAGGCAUGGGGAGAGAGGUGUUUUCAGACGAUAGGUGAGACAAUUGGAGAAGUUUUAUUGGUUCACGAGGACACAAAGAAGAAGGCAAUUUUAUGGGAUGGGAGAGUACUGAUCCUAUGCUCAGAGUCUAGUAAAAUCUCAAAACAAGUUAAGCUGAAGAAUGAUCGGAGAAGCGACCUGGAAACGAAGUCCGAUUACUCAAACUCGUGGUGUCAGAACGAGGAUCCGGAAAUGGAUAUGGAUGUGAUUGGCGACGGUGAGGAUGUAAGUAACGGUUCAGAGCAUUUAAUGAAGGAUUUGGUGUCAAAUUCAAAUAUGAAGCUUGCAACGGAAACAGAGAGCUGUAUUCAAAUUGUGCAAGAGACAGAUUUGGAAGAGGAUGAAAGCGUUGGGUUGUCCAAGGAGAAUGGGCCACAAAGAGUGAGUUUUGUUGGGCCAGUAGAAGGUAGUGGGCUGACUAAUAGGAUGGGCUGGGGACAGACAAAGGAAAUGAGCAUGGAGGAACCCAUUUUAAAUGCACAAAUAUCGGUGGACCCAUCGACAAUGCAGAAAUCGAACAAGGCAGCGACUGGCACGGAGAGUGGGAACUUGCCAAGCCGAGGACGACAAGGUGCGCCGGAUGAUGGGGUGGGGAAGAGAUUGGGUUUUAAAUUUGAUAAUAAUGAGGAGGAGAUUCAAUCAAAGUUACUAGAGGCAGUAGAUCGAGAAGGGGCAGAGAGGAGGGACGCGAUAGGGAGGGGUUUGGGUGGGAUGAUGAAAAAGAAGGAAGUGAGAAGGCUGGUUCAAGAUGAGAAGCCUGAUUUUCUGUUCUUGCAAGAAACAAAGUUAGAAAAAGUGGAUGUAGGUAUCUGUAGACAAUUGUGGAAUUCAGAUGAGUUCGAUUGGGUUGCGAAGGGCUCUUCCAGAGCUUCAGGGGGUUUACUAUGUAUGUGGGAUAGACGGCAGUUUGUUAAGAGGGAAGAUUUUACUGGUGAUGGACAGAAGAAGGCUAGUUUGUGGGAGGAACUGAGGAAAAUGGUGACAGACAAGGAAGGGUGUUGGUUGAUAGCAGGGGACUUUAAUGCAGUCAGAGGUCCUGAGGAGAGACGAGGAAGAACAGGGGAGAGCCCAGACAUGAAGGAUUUUGAUGAGUUUAUUGUGACAACUAAUUUGGUGGAUGUCAAAUUGUCGAAUAGAAGUUAUACAUGGUACAAGCCAAAUGGCACAGCAAGGAGUAGAUUGGACAGAUUCCUAUUGAGUACGGAGAUGAGUAAUAUGGAAGGAGAGUGGAUACAACAAGGAUUGCCAAGGAAUAUCUCUGAUCAUUGUGCUAUUGUGUUGAAGUCCAGAACAAAAGAUUGGGGACCAAGACCUUUUCGGGUUUUGGAUGCAUGGCAACAACAUCCAGAUUUUAAGAAGUUUAUAGAAGAUAAAUGGAGUGAGAUGGCGGUGAAGGGUUUUGCAGGGUAUAAAUGCCAGCAAAAGCUGAAAUUGCUAGAAGGUUUUUUAAAGGGCUGGAACAAGGAAGUUUUUGGGAACAUGGAAGCUCAAUAUGAGCAAGCUGUAAAAAAGAUUGAGCAAGUUGAUAUGCAGAACGAAAUAUCUGAUCUGGAAGAUGCUGAGAUUGUGAAAAGGCAAGAAGGUUUUUCUGAGAUGUGGGAUGUUUUGAGAAAGAAGGAACUUAUCUGGAAGCAGAAGUCAAGGAGUAAAUGGGUGCAUGAGGGAGAUGCAAAUACCCGCUUUUUUCACAGAGUUGCAAAAGGAAGAAGAGCACAAAACAAUAUUGCGGGCUUAAUGUGUGAUGGGGCAUGGAUUGAAGAUCCAGUUUUAGUAAAAAAUGAGAUCGUCAAAUAUUUUAGAAGCUUGUUUCAAGGAGAGUCAUGGAAUAGACCCAAGCCUAGGGAUAUUAAAUUCCAGCAGUUAUCCGAGGAGAAAAAAGAUUGGCUGGAAAGACCAUUUUCAAUUGAAGAAAUAGAGGAAGCGAAGGUGCUGGCUAAUAGAUUGAAAUCUGUGAUAUCAGAAAUAGUGAGUGAAACGCAAUCUGCCUUUGUGGGGGGCCGUCAGUUAGUGGAUAGUGUCUUGGUGCUAAAUGAAGUUGUGGAUGAAAUUAAGAAGAAGAAAAAGCCAGCUUUUGUUUUUAAAGCAGACUUCGAAAAGGCAUAUGAUUGCGUAGAUUGGUCCUUUUUGGAUUGGAUGAUGGAGAGUUUUGGAUUUGGAACUAAGUGGAGAGGCUGGAUUAUGGAAUGUAUUUCAACGGCGAGAAUCUCGGUCCUGGUAAACGGAAGCCCGACAAAGGAAUUUGAGGUGGGUAAAGGUUUGAGACAAGGCGAUCCUCUAUCUCUUUUUCUCUUUUUGAUGAUUGCAGAGGGGUUACAAAGUCUGGUACAGAGAGCAGAAAAGGAGGGAAUGAUGCAUGGGAUUGAGAUUGGAAAGAAAGGUUUGUCCCUGUCGUUGCUCCAGUUUGCUGAUGAUACAGUUAUUAUGGGCAGAGCGGAUACUGAGAAUAUACGUACGGUGAAGGACAUCCUAAAAUGGUUUGAGCUUAUGUCGGGCUUGAGGAUUAAUUUCAACAAGAGCAGUAUUUUUGGUUAUAAUGUGUUGGAGAAAUGGCUAAAAGGAUUAGCGGGUAUGUUACAUUGCAGGGUUGGUCGAGCACCUUUUCUUUAUCUGGGAUUGCCCGUUGACGGUAAAUAUGGGAACAAGAAAUUAUGGGAACUGGUUGUAAAUAAAUUUCGUACCAAACUCGCUGUCUGGAAGGUCGCUACUCUUUCCUUUGGAGGCCGCCUCGUCUUGCUAAACUCGGUACUCUCUGCACUACCUAUUUUUUAUAUGUCUUUAUAUUUAUUACCUAAUUCUGUGCUUGAGGAGUUGAUUAGAAUUCAAAGGAGUUUCUUAUGGGGCGGGACAGAAUUAAAUAAGAAAAUUUCAUGGGUUAAAUGGGAAUAUGUAUGUCGAGCUAAGGCGAAGGGGGGUCUUGGGGUGCCUGAUUUACAGAGUAAAACUUGGGCAAUGUUAGGAAAAUGGUGGUAUAGGUUAGGUGACGGGGUCGAGAACUUAUGGAAAAGGGUGGUGAGGGAGAAAUAUUAUGGUGGUAGGAGGGAGGUCGAUAUUACUACGAUUGAGUAUUUAAAGGUGUCAAGGAGUUGGAGGGACAUUAUUAGGAUAGGGGGUCUAUCUCUCAAACUUAGGAAUAUGUUGGUUGAGGGUUUCAAGUGGGAAGUGGGUGAAGGAAAUAGAAUGGCGUUGGCGGGUGGAGUGGAGUGGAGGAGGGGUACAAUAGGGCGAGAGAAAGAUGAGGAGGAGCUGUUGGAGAAGGUGCUGGAGGGUGUCAAACUAAAGGAGGGGGCAGGGGAUGUUUGGAAGUGGGUACAUGUGAUGGAUGGCAAAUAUGGGGUGAAGCUAGCGUAUGAUUUUUUAGCUUCUACGGAGAGUGUUUUGGAGGACCAGAUGUGCAAAUUAAUAGGGUGCGGAUUGGUGCCAUCCAAAGUGACUUUUUUUGGGUGGCGAUUGUGCUUAGAUAGACUCCCAACAAAGGAAAUCUUGCAAAAAUGUGGGAUAUUGUUACAGGAGGGGGUGUUGAGUUGGUGGGGUUUGGAGUCUGGUUUGCCUAAUACAGUAAGGGGAAUGACAGAGUUUUUCAUUGGUAGCUUGGGCAGCAUAGUGGGAAAGGAGAUGGGUUCAUUUAUUUUUCUAGUGGUCGCUUGGUACUUAUGGUAUAGACGGAAUGUUCAAGUGUUUCGAAAAGAUGAAGGAUUACCAAAAAAACCUACUGGAAAGGAUGCAAGUUAAAACAUUUAUAUGGAUAAAAUCCAAAGUCAAUGGCUGUGUUUUUUCUUUUUACGAAUGGCAAUCUUGUCCAAUGGAGUGUGCUAUGUCUGUCAAAAACCAUAAAAGGUUGAGGAAGCAGUUCUAUAAAGCUUGCAUGCCCUUUAGCUGAUGGAUAGGCGGGGCUGUUUUGUCUUCAAAUGUGUAGUAUUUGGGCACCUAACGCUUUUUGUUUGUGAUAUGUAAGCUUUGUCAAUUGCUGGUUUUUAGGAGAUUGGCUCUCCUCUGUUGUGGUUUCCUUUUUUUGUAUAUGGACAGGAGCACCCCUUGUGCUUCAUUAAAUUAAAUUUUCUUUG